AUGACUGCUGAAAAUCGAGGAUUCUGUCAACUGAUUUGUCAUAUAAACGUUCGAAUUGGAUGGACAAUAUUUGGAAUUGUUUUUGGAAUAUCUGCAAUUUUAACAUAUGCAAUCAAAUUUCAUAAUUGGUCAGCCACAGCAACAACUGCUAUUGCUACACUUUUUGCGUGUGAAACAUUGUAUUUGUAUUGGGCUUUGAAGAAAAAUACAAUUGUUAACUGGAAGAGUAGUACUUUUCAGUUGAUGAUAUGGCCAAACGUAUUUAUUGGUCUUCUCGGACUUCUCGGCUGCCUUGUUUGCUACAUUAUUGCAGGAAUCACUCAUCAGGGUGCAGGAUCUAUCCAAGGUUGGUCACUUUUCAAAUGUUCAAUUUACUUUUCCAAAUUCGCAGCAAUGUAUGGAGAGAAUCUUUGGUUUACUGGAUCAUGGAGUCUUGUGAUCACUAAAUGGACUUGGCAAAAUGCAUUCUUUGCCAGAAAAUACCUCAACAAAAUUGGAACAGCUUCCGAAGAUGGAGACAUUGAUGAUGACGAUGUUGAAGUCAUUAAAAGUUAAUUUAUCUUGUUUUAUUUUGUUUUCUGGAUGAUCUCAUUUUAAUAAGUGUGUUUUUUUU